AUGUUCAAGCGCUUUCGUUCCAAGAAGUCACGCCCUGGGCAUGAUGUUGAGGUUCCAGGAAAGCAGGAUGCCAAGCGACCCAUACCUUCGCUUGGUAUUAUAGCACCAGCCGAAGUCUCUGAGACGCCCACUCUCCAUGAGACAGAGAGCACACCGGAACGAUCAUCGGUUUCAAAGCGUCUAACGCCGUCCUUGAUCGCGACGUCCAAUGACAGCCGCAGACCAAGCCCUACUCGCAGUGAGACCUUGGCUUUGGGACUCCAUGUCCUUCGUGAGCCGGAGGAGAUCGCCUUCGACAUAAUCUUUGUCCACGGGCUGGGUGGACAUAGUCAACGAACCUGGUCGAAGAAUCACGACCCAGGGUUCUUCUGGCCUGAACUAUGGCUCCCUUUUGAGCCUGGAGUUGAAAAGGCUCGGAUAUCUACCUUUGGCUAUGAUGCAAACUGGCGCGGUGCAAGCCGGAGUAUCUCAAAUAUAACGGACUUUGCCAAAGAGUUAUUGUUCGAAAUGCGAUUUGCCAGGACUCUUGCAGGCGAGGAGUUGAAUAUCGGAUCGAGGCCAGUUGUUUUCGUUGCCCACAGCAUGGGGGGCCUUGUGGUGAAAAAAGCAUAUCUCCUGGGUUUUCACGAUGAAAUCUACUCGAAGAUGGUCUCAUCCAUCCAGGGUAUCAUUUUCCUUUCCACCCCUCAUCGUGGGAGCAAUCUUGCCGAAGUACUCAACAGAGUAUUAUCGGCGUCUUUCCAAUCUCCGAAAAGCUUUAUAUCAGACCUCACAAAGAGCUCGCCGGCAAUUGAAGAGCUGAACGAACAGUUUCGCCACCACGCAUCGCGGCUUUCUACUUGGUCCUUUUACGAGACGCUUGCUACAUCAAUCGGACUCAAGAAUGUUAUGGUAUUGGAAAAAGAGACGUCCAUACUUGGCUACCCAGCGGAGAUCUCCCGCCCUCUCCAGGCAGACCAUCAUGAUGUCUGCAAGUACUCAAGCCCAGUCGAUUCGAAUUAUUUGAGCGUCAGGAACGCGAUAAUCUUCCUAGCCUCCACUCUUUCUUCCAGAGAUACCCGAAGUAAAGCUGAGGAUAUUGACACGACCGACAGCGAGAGCACGGUGCUCCAGUGCCUGUCUCGAGCCUGCCCGACAGCUGAAGAUGAUUACCGUGCAAUUUUGGAUAAGUGGGUGCCAGACACAUGCACGUGGAUAUUGGAGAACCCAUGCAUCAUGCGCUGGCUUGAUUCAACGCCGAAGUCACGAAUUGUGUGGUACGUCGCACCGCCCGGCAGUGGUAAAACAACUAUUGCUGCAUUCCUUGUGAAUCACCUAAGAAGGGCAGGUGUUCCGUGUCAGUUCUUCUUUUUCAAGUACUCGGAUCAGACGAGAAGGUCCGUUGCAACUUGUUUCAAGGUACUCGCGUACCAGCUGGCCAAAAGCGUAACAGCUUUCAGGAAAGAAUUGGGCCGCAUUUCGCCAGAGACCUUGGGCCUCGAAUCGAGUUCGGACCCGAUGUUGACAUGGCGAGCACUCUUCGAACAGGCCUUACUGAAGGCUUCAUCCAGCGAAGUUUACUGGGUCAUUGACGCUCUGGACGAGUGCGAAUCUCCGCGGAUAUUCUUGGACUGCCUGAAAAGCAUUUCUGAUGCAAACGUCCCAUUCAGAAUUAUCUUGCUCAGCCGUAGUACAGAUGUUAUUUCGGCAGGUGUUGACAGACUAUCCUCUGGGAUUCUUGUCGAACAGAUCGAGAGCCCCAACCCAGAUCACGCCCAAGAAGAUAUAAGACGAUUCCUCACACAAGAGCUCCGACACAUGAGGGGGGAAACUGACUUCAAAGAUCGCCUGUUAGAAAAACUGCUCGCUCGUUGCGAAGGGAAUUUCUUAUGGGCAAAAUUGGUCUUGGACGAGAUUCUGCAUUGUCAUACAGAGGAGGGCAUCGAAAAUCUACUCAGAGAAGUCCCAGACGACAUGAAUGAUUUGUACAGACGCAUGGAGGAGAAUCUCACCAGUUCCGUUCGCAGGGCCAACAAACCUCUUAUUCUGGCGUUGUUUCAGUGGACUGUUUGUGCUCAACGGCCGCUCGACCUGAAAGAGAUGUCACAGGCUCUUCAACCUCAGUUCUCUCACUUUGUCGACCUCAGAUGGACCAUCAAAGAGACCUGCGGUCAGUUUCUUCAGGUUCAGGAGAGUGGUCAGAUCGAUAUGCUGCACCAUACGGCCCGGGAGUACCUCACCAACAACCGCGAUGGUGAUUUCCACGUUGAGCCUCGAAAAACGCAUGGCAUUCUCUUCCAGACGACCAUUAGAGUUUUAAGCGACCCCAAUCUACGUUGGAGACUUGUUCAAAGCCAAAAUCUCCUACAGGACAGCGAACCUUUCGUCUAUUACAGUGCAGUCAAUUGGUCCUAUCACCUUGGCCAUAGCAACCAGGCCUUCGACAGGUAUCUCGACCUACUUGUCGACUUCUUUCGCGGUCAGGCAGUUUUGACCUGGAUUCACAUCUUGGCGGUAUCGAAGAAACUGGAAGUCCUGGUCAAGACCUCCAGAGUCUUGACAUCAUUUGUGCGGAUUUUCAAAAGGCUCAAUGCUACGAGAAAUCCGAUGCAACAUCGCCUGACGGACGUUCAACUUCUCGAGGACUGGUCGGUUGAUCUAAUCAAAGUCGUUGGAAAGUUCGGAUCCCACAUAAUGUCGAUUCCUGGCGUGGUUUACGAAGUUGUACCUGCAGUCUGUCCCGGAGAAAGUGUCUUGCGCCGAACAUGCUACUCGCCUCAUACAAGCUCUCUGAGGAUACAAGGGACCGAAAUGGAGGACUGGAGUGAUAACCUCGCUAGGCUGACACUUGAUGGAAAAUCGAAAUGCUACAAGAUAUCGUGUGCAGGCAAAUAUCUUGCCGUCCUCGCUCUGGGAAUCCCAGGGGCGACUUAUAUCUGGGAUACGACCAACUUCGCACGGGUUUGUGUCGUGGAGCAUGGAGAAGCUGUUGUAGCUAUGGUCCUCAACGCUAGGGGGGAUACGCUCGCCACGUACGGACUCAAAACCACCAAGAUGUGGUCAAUUCCUUCGGCAACACUUCUGAGAUCAACAACAAAUCCUCGCUAUGUCAAAGCCAAGGCCCUCGUGUUCGCUGAGGGCGACCGGAAACUCUUAUUUGGUGGUGAUGACAAUGUUGUUCGAAGCAUCUCUGUGGAGGACUUCAAAGGGUGGCAAAUACCUCUUCCUCAUCUUCUCAAGGAGACAAUCCGCAUCGAAGGAGCAAUCAUUAAUUCUCCGAUGUGUAUCGCCUUCAACAGCGGUAACAACCUUGUCGGUGUAUCAUACCGAGGCGCACCCCUUUCUAUCUGGAGUCUUCUGGAUGGCCGCUGUAUGAACCGAUGCUAUAGGUCCAAAUCUUUCCAGGACGAGAGGAGACAAUCUUCAAACACAUCGCCAAGCUCCACCGCGUGGUGGGGAGUCGACAGGUUCACAUGGAAUCCAGUCACGGAUCACGUACUCGGGGUGUACAGAGAUGGAUGCGUUUUCAAGUGGCACCCCUUGACGAACGAAAAUGUGGAAGCACCGAAUGCACGCGCAGACGAAAUAGCAGCCAGUCCAGACGGCAAGUUUUUCGCUACUAGCAGCAGCAACGGCGCUGUGAAGAUUUGGAGCUUUGCCUAUUUCACAAUCAUUUACCAGUUGUCAUCCGAUGACAUUGUGGCUCAGUUGGCGUUUAGUACGGACAGUCGCCGUUUCUAUGACCUGCGCGGCGGUUCGGUGAAUGCCUGGGAGUCGAACAGUCUGGCCCGGUUCUUCGAUCAAGAGGAGCAAGUCACCAGUGACACAAACAGCGAGGAUCGGUCAACGACUGAAUUGUCCAAGUUCUCAGAAGCAACGCUCGUACCGUUCGAAGCAAUUUCGGCAUUUGCUCCAACCGCAGACGGGUCUCUUUACGCGGUGUCAUAUAAGAACGGAGCUGUGCACUUGUUUGAGAAAGGGCAAGAAAACGGCAUAGAAAUUGCCCGGUUCCAUAGCUUCUUCGAUGUGCAACACAUCCGAUGGAGCAAAGACGGGCAAUACGUCACUGCCUGA